AUGCGGGAAUUCACUCUAGAAGAGGUCGAAGUGCAUAAAAGCAGGGCAGAUUUGUGGGUGGCUAUCCAUGGAAAAGUCUACGAUGUAACUAAAUACGUCAAGAAUCAUCCGGGUGGUGUCGACGUCCUGGUCGAUGUUGCUGGGAAAGAUGCAACUGAGGCAUAUGAGGACGUGGGCCAUUCAGAGGAUGCGGAUGAAAUCCUGGAGGCUUAUCUGAUUGGCACAUUGAAAGAUGCCGCGGACUACAAGGCCCGUACUACUGUAAGGGUUGUUCAAGAGCCGGUCGUGCAACAGCCACGGAAGGGUAGCUCUAGUGCUGUCCGAACCGUGGGAGUGACUGCUGGCUCAAUUCUAUCACUAUACUUUGCCUCCAUUUCACUUAGGCCACACUUGAAUCUCCAUGAGCUCAGCAAGCCCCUUCUCCAGAUGGCGCGGCUUCCAACGAACAAGUUUGGUGACAUUCUCCCUCACGGUGGUUUCAUCAAUGGCGCUGUCGCAGCUACUUGCAUCUUCGCAAUGCUGGGUAGUGUUUUAGUAUCCAAGCUUUCCAAACUCACGGAGAUCGACUCGGGAUUCAGAAGAUUUCCCCCUCACAUCAAAAGGAACACAGUCCACAAGAUCGACCCUCACCUUAUCCGGGGAUUCCUCCAGCCAAAAGAAUACAAGACCUUGCCUCUAGUGGCAAAGGAGCUCUUGGCUCCCAAUGUCUACCUCUUCGUAUUUCAGCUCCCACGCAAAAAUGAAGCCAUUGGUCUUCCCAUCGGUCAACAUGUUUCCAUUAAAGCAACAAUAGAUGGCCAGCCAGUGUCACGCUCUUAUACACCAACGUCAAAUAAUCUCGACCUCGGCAGAUUAGAACUUGUGAUCAAGUGCUACCCGGACGGUAUCCUCACAGGGAAGUACCUUGCCAAUCUCAAGGUUGGUGACAAAGUCGCAUUUCGAGGUCCCAAGGGUGCUAUGCGUUACAAGAAGGGCCUGUGUAAGAAGCUCGGAAUGGUUGCUGGUGGCACAGGUAUCACGCCGAUGUACCAGCUUAUUCGCGCGAUCUGUGAAGAUGAUACCGACACUACUGAGAUUUAUCUGAUCUAUGCCAACCGCUCCGAAGAAGACAUCCUAAUGCGCGACAAGCUUGAAGCAUUUGCACUAGCAUACCCCAGAACCUUCAAGAUCUGGUACAUGCUGGACAAUCCCUCCCCGAAAUGGCAAUAUGGUAAGGGUUAUGUUACGCCUGCCGUUAUGCGCGAACAUCUUCCUCCACCAUCUCCUGAGACUAAGAUUAUGCUCUGUGGGCCUCCGGGCAUGGUCAAUGCAUCUAAAAUGAAUUUGGCUGGUCUAGGGUUCCAGACCCCUGGACCGGUUUCCAAGAUGACUGAUCAGAUUUUCUGUUUCUAA